CCCGCCUCUUCCGGGUCGCGCCUGCGCACUGACAGGGGACCGGGCCUAGUGUGUGGCGGCGGGUGAGAACCGGGAAGAUCCGCCGUGAGGACAGAACAGCCUUCAAGAUGAGUAGUUCAGAAGAGGUGUCCUGGAUCAGCUGGUUCUGUGGAUUAAGAGGCAACGAAUUCUUUUGUGAGGUAGAUGAAGAUUACAUUCAAGAUAAAUUCAACUUGACUGGACUGAAUGAACAGGUUCCACAUUAUAGACAGGCACUAGAUAUGAUUUUGGAUCUGGAGCCAGAUGAGGAACUAGAGGAUAAUCCCAAUCAGAGUGAUCUCAUCGAACAAGCUGCAGAGAUGCUUUAUGGGCUGAUCCAUGCUCGCUAUAUACUGACUAACCGUGGCAUUGCCCAAAUGUUGGAGAAGUAUCAGCAGGGAGACUUUGGCUAUUGUCCCCGUGUUUACUGUGAGAACCAGCCCAUGCUGCCAAUCGGUCUUUCCGACAUUCCCGGUGAAGCUAUGGUAAAGCUGUAUUGCCCCAAAUGUAUGGACGUUUACACCCCAAAGUCCUCCCGCCAUCAUCACACAGAUGGAGCAUAUUUUGGCACUGGAUUCCCUCAUAUGCUGUUUAUGGUUCACCCAGAGUAUCGACCCAAGAGACCUGCCAAUCAGUUUGUUCCUAGGUUAUAUGGCUUCAAAAUCCACCCUAUGGCAUACCAGCUUCAGCUUCAGGCAGCCAGUAACUUCAAAAGUCCUGUGAAGACCAUGCGUUGAGACCCACUUUAAUAAUACGGUUUCAAGAUGAGGCCUGGUGUGACCCCCUAAGCCUCAUCGUAGUGCACCAGUCAAGGAGCUACGUCUUUUUCAGUGUAUGGUUUGCCACCCCUGUUUUGAUUUUAGUCCUGUUAAAAGUGUUCAUAUUACCCAAAGAUGUGGGGGAAUAAAGUUCUAUAGGAUGGAC